UUCCGCGUGCAUGGCGCUGCUGCCGCGGGCGCUGAGCGCGAGCGCCAAGUGUAUAAGUGCGCGCGCGCCCGCCGGCGCCCCGCACGCCCUCUCCAGAGCCAUGGCGUGCAGGCCGCAGCCGCAACGCCUGUCGCCUGGCGUCGCUGCCUCCUACGACUACCUGGUGAUCGGGGGUGGCUCGGGCGGGCUGGCCAGCGCUCGCCGGGCGGCAGAGCUGGGCGCCAGGGCCGCAGUGGUGGAGAGCCACAAGCUGGGCGGCACUUGCGUGAAUGUUGGAUGUGUACCCAAAAAGGUAAUGUGGAACACAGCUGUCCACUCUGAGUUUAUGCAUGACCAUGGUGAUUAUGGCUUUCAAAGUUGUGAGAGUAAAUUCAAUUGGCGUGUGAUAAAGGAGAAGCGUGACGCCUACGUGAGCCGCCUGAACACCAUCUAUCAGAACAACCUCACCAAGUCCAAUAUAGAUAUCAUCCAUGGCUAUGCGACAUUCACAAGUGAUCCCCAGCCCACGGUAGAGGUCAAUGGGAAAAAAUACACCGCUCCUCACAUUCUGAUUGCCACAGGUGGCGUGCCCUCACAACCUCAUGAAAGCCAGAUCCCUGGAGCAAGCCUAGGCAUAACCAGUGAUGGGUUUUUUCAGCUGGAAGAAUUGCCAAGGCGCAGUGUCAUCGUGGGUGCCGGGUACAUCGCUGUGGAGAUAGCCGGGAUCCUCUCCGCUCUGGGCUCUAAGACAACACUCAUGAUACGGCAUGAUAAGGUCAAGGAAGUUAAAAAAACUUCUACAGGCCUGGAACUCAGCGUGGUUACUGCACUUCCUGGUAGGAAACCCACUCUGACCUCAAUUUCAGAAGUGGACUGCCUGCUAUGGGCCAUUGGGCGGGACCCAAAUUCCAAGGGUUUGAAUUUAGACAAGCUGUCUACAGUUGCAAUAGCUGCUGGCCGAAAACUUGCCCAUAGACUUUUUGAGUGCAAAGAAGAUUCCAAAUUAGACUAUGACAACAUCCCCACUGUGGUCUUCAGUCACCCCCCUAUUGGAACAGUAGGGCUUACCGAAGAUGAAGCCAUUCAUAAAUAUGGAAAAGACAAUGUGAAAAUCUAUUCAACCGCCUUCACCCCGAUGUACCACGCAGUGACCACAAGGAAAACAAAAUGUGUGAUGAAAAUGAUUUGUGCCAACAAAGAGGAAAAGGUGGUUGGGAUCCACAUGCAGGGAAUUGGUUGUGAUGAAAUGCUGCAGGGUUUUGCUGUUGCAGUAAAAAUGGGAGCAACAAAGGCUGACUUUGACAACACUGUUGCCAUCCACCCUACCUCUUCAGAGGAACUGGUCACCCUCCGCUGACCACUAGAAAUUCAAGCAGCUGGCAUUUGGACCAGGACACCUGAGAUGAACCAGACUAUUGUGUUUACUUCCUAUUCUCGUUUUACACAUUUCCUUAUUUUAAUCAGGAUCUUCCAACAGUGGAAAUUUUUGGUAAAGAACAGAACUUAUUUAUGUAAUCAGAAAUGUGUUGUUUUAAUCUAGAUUGAUUUUUAGUUGAUCAGAUCUCAUGGCAGUGUUUUAAAAUUGUAUUAACAGUUCUCUACCAGUUGAUUUUUUUGUUGUUGUUUUAGCCUCAUCCCAAAUAUAAAACUAUAUGAAGUACAAUGAAAUUCAUGUACUGGAAUGAAUAUAGCAUGCUAGUUUUUAUAGAGGAAGAUAGGGACAGAUCUUUAUAUUUAAAUAACACAAGUACAAGAAUCUUUUAUUUUUUGAAGCUAAUACUAUGCUCUGCAUGUUGCAAAGCUGCUUCAAGGAUGUGACCUUUAAUCUCCUAUUUUAUUUUUAUUUGUUUUAAAUGAUUAAAAAUCGGUUUGUAUUCUUUUCCAGAGAUGAGGUGCAUAACCUCUGGAAAGAUUUGAGAAAGCUGUCUAAAUAUCUGAGACAGUCUAGGAAUGGUUCAUGCGUUCAGAAGAAGGUAGAUUCGCAUACUUAAAAAGUUCCUUCCUCUCUCUAUUCACGGUUCAGUCAGUAAUUUCAGCAUAUGUAUGUGUUCCUGUCAUUUUGUUUUCUUUUGAAAGACGUUCCAAAAAUUUGCAAAGCACAGUCUUUUCUUCUUAUAAAACUUAUUUUGAAUUUAAUA